AUGGAGUAUACCGAUGACGAUGCGAUUGAACCCGACAAAUCAGUACUCCCCGUGGAAGAUGACACCGCGAGACUUCUUGAGAACAAGGACGAAGAUGACCUGCCAACACUACGCCAGUCCGCUUCACAUCCCUUCAAAAAAUGGAUGGACAGUUUUCGAGCGCGCAAACGCGUGCCUCCGACGAUUCCCGAACGCUAUGUCGAGGGCUGGUCGGACUCUUCUCAAACUGAAUUCUCUGCACAACAGUCGGCUCCUCGUCGGGAUUCCCUACUUUCGGGUUACUCAUCACAGCUAGGAACUGUCAAGACAGCCACCGUCAGCAUCGCCAGCCAAAGCAUGGCAAGGUCGAGAGGAAGAACUCAGAGCACCGCUGGACAGAGCACACUCUCGGAUGCGAGGGCGUCCGGUGACAGUUCUCGACCGACAUCCUCCAAUAACUGUGUCGAUGAGCAGGCAGAACUCCGUGCAAACAGAAGACGUCUGGUGCUACGAGAGAUUGUUAUGACGGAGACCGACUAUGUUCUCGGUCUCAAGGCCCUCACUGGGGUUCUAUCUAUUUUCAAUACCCGACCCCAGAUAUAUCAUAAUAUCCAACGUAUUCGGGAAAUCCACGAACGCUUUCUGACACAACUCCAAACAAUAUCACCCAUGUCCGCUUCCCAGUCUCCCGAGGGCGCUUCCGACCUGUUGUCUCGAGGAGUGUCAAAAUUGGAUCUCCCAGGGUUGAAAGGUCUCCAGAAUAGAUCGCUAAGAACCCGAAACUUCAAAGCGACGAUAAACCAACGUCUACAGGCUUUCGCAGCAGAACCCGUGGAGGCACUCGAGGUUGCACGAGAAAUUGACAAAUUAUCGCUGUUGUUCUCUUCAUAUGAGGAAUUCUGUAGAAACUACGAUCUUUUUGCGCAGGACAUGGCCCUUUUGCGGCGCUCAAUUCCCAAUUGGGCAAUGUUUGACCAGGGGAUCGAAGCACUGUCAAAGUCAGUUGCUUCAAUGGAAAGCCGCAAGAAUGAAUAUAACAAGUCCAUGACCAUGAGCGAUCUGAUGAUCAAGGUUCGACCCUGA